AUGGCCGACUUGGACGCAAAAGAACGAACAACUCUACAGAGGCGGGAGGCAGAGUCUUCCUUGAGUGGUAAUAUCGCCGGCGACGUCGAAAAACAGCUCGCCACCGCUCCAGAAAAUGAGGGAAAACCCUACUCAGUCUUCACUCGAUGGCAAAAACGAGCCAUUGUGCUCGGAGCCUCUGGCACUGCGUUCUUCUCGCCUCUGACUGCGCAAAUCUACUUGCCCGCCUUGACGCAGUUGUCGAGAGAUUUGAACGUGACGAACACGCAGAUCAAUCUAACCAUCACAACCUAUAUGAUCUUUCAAGGCAUAACGCCCACGUUCAUCGGGUCAUUCGCUGAUAGUGGAGGGCGACGACCAGCGUACAUCUUAUGCUUCAUUAUAUACAUUGCUGCCAACAUUGGUCUGGCGCUUGCCCCAGGGUAUGGUGCAUUAUUGGGGCUGAGAUGUCUCCAGUCAGCUGGUUCAAGCAGCACGGUGGCACUCUGCACUGCAGUCGUCGCCGAUAUAGUGACGAGUGCCGAGAGAGGCCAGUACGUCGGGCUGACAGUUAUCCCAACUGUUCUGGCCCCCUCGCUGGGACCAAUUAUCGGCGGCCUUCUUUCUCAGUACCUUGGAUGGAGAGCCAUCUUUUGGUUUUUGGCCAUUCUCGGUGGCAUAGCCCUGGUUCUCAUCGUUCUCUUUUUCCCCGAGACUUGCCGCAGCGUCGUGGGCGAUGGCUCUCUAACUCCGCCUCGGAUGUACAGGUCAGCAUGGCAAUCCAUUCAUUUCCGACGCAAAAGACAGGCGAGGCGACAACAUUCAUUGUCGAGGGCGACGACCAAUUCAAGCAACGCCAGCAAGGCUUCGAAUAAGUUCAAGUUCAAAGCGCCCAAUUUUCUUCGCUCGCUGUUUCUUCUCUUCGAGAGGGAGACGGGGUUGCUGCUUUGGACGAGCAGCAUUGUAUUCGCUGGUUUCUACUGUAUCGCAACGGCGAUGCCUAGUCUCCUCUCGAAGCGUUACGGAUUCAAUGAGAUUCAAAUUGGCCUCAUGUAUCUUCCCCUCGCGCUGGGCUCCAUUGUUGCUGCCACGAUUGUCGGGCCAUCCAUCAACCGAAAUUACAGACGACAUUGCCUCAAAUCCGGGACACCUUACGAUCAGAGUCGACAGAGUGACCUGUCCAACUUUCCUGUCGAGCAAGCGCGUCUGGAAAUUGGCCUCCCACUGCUGUGCCUUGGCGGGGCGAGCAUAAUAGGAUGGGGGUGGGCGAUGCAUGCCGUCACUCAUAUCGCUCUACCGUGUGUGAUCAGCUUCUUUCUGGGGAUCGGGAUGAUUGGUUUUAAUAAUACGACAAGCAUCCUUCUUGUUGAUGUCCAUCCUGGUCGGGCCGGGACUGUAACCGCGGCCAACAACCUCACCCGAUGCUUGGUCGGGGCAGGGGCAAGUGCUGCGGUAAUUCCCAUGAUUAGUGCCAUCGGCGCAGGGCCAGCUUUCACUCUUAUCGGAGGGCUCUACUUUGUCUGCAUCAUUCCGCUAUCGCUUGUCCUUCGAUUUGGGAUGAAAUGGCGAGCCGAGGCCGAGGAGAAGACCCGGAGGAAGAAGCUGGCAGAUGCAGGAAAAGAGUCAAGCCGGGCCCCUGGGAGUUGA